AUUAGUGUGUGACACACAGCGGCAGAACCAUGUGGAACGUGUCGCGUUGACUUCGUCGUUAGUUCUUCGCUGGUUUAAACGGCUGUUGUCAACAUUUGUAGUUCAUAAUGAACGUAUUUGGUCUUGAAAGCUUAAAUAUAGUGCAUUAAUAAUCAAUGUUAUUAAUGUUGAUUCACUAAACCUCCACAUUUCGUUGAAUUAUGGGGAAAUCAAAGACCAAGAACCAGAAGAAGUCCCGAGCCACAGCUAACCAUGUGGCCGAGGAGACGUACGCUGCUGUCCCCCACUCCUUCGUGUUUCAUCGGGGUCAGAUCGGGAAAAACGUGGCUCAGCUCAUCGUGGACGUGAGGAGGGUCAUGGAGCCUUUCACUGCAGAGUCUCUGAAGGUUAGGAAGAAAAACGUGCUGAAAGACUUUGUAGCUGUCGCAGGACCUCUGGGAGUGACUCACUUCAUGAUGUUCAGCAAGACCCCCAGCUGCAUUAACAUGAGGCUUUGUCGACUCCCCAAAGGUCCCACACUUCACUUCAGGGUGCUCAAGUACGCUCUUGUCAAAGACGUGGUUUCAUCUCUGAAGAAGCACCGGAUGCACGAGCAGCAGUUCACUCACCAUCCACUGCUCAUCCUCAAUAACUUUGGAUCUGAUGGCAUGCACGUCAAACUCAUGGCCACCAUGUUUCAGAACAUGUUUCCUUCCAUUAAUGUGCACAAGGUAAGCCUCAAUAAUAUCAAGAGGUGCGUGCUGCUGAAUUACAACCCAGAGACCCAGGAAAUUGAAUUUCGUCAUUACAGCAUGAAGGUCGUCCCCGUGGGAAUGAGCCGGGGAGUCAAGAAGCUGAUGCAGGAGAGGUUCCCAAACAUGAGCAAGUUUGAGGACAUCAGUGAGCUGAUGAUAAAGGGGGCGAACCUCUCAGAAAGUGAAGCGGAGCAAGACGGGGAGCACAACAUCACCGAGCUGCCGCAGGUCUACUCCGGCCGAGGCAACAUGGCGUCCCAGCAGAGCGCCGUCCGUUUGACCGAGAUCGGUCCUCGCAUGACUCUGCAGCUUUUGAAGAUACAGGAUGGCAUGGGAGAGGGGAACGUCCUUUAUCACACCAUGAUCUCCAAGACGGAGGAGGAAAUCAAGGAGAUCCUGUUGAGGAAGGAGUCCCAGCUUAAAGAGAAGGCGGGUCGCCGGAAGAAGCAGGAGCAGAACGUCGCAGAGAAGAAAGAGAAACGAGACGAGAACAAGAAAAGGAGUCUGGAAGGCAUCAAGAGGAAACAAGCUGAGGCUGAGGAGGACAGUGAGGUGGAGGAUCCCGGCCUGCAGGACGAUCAGUUUGCUCCUGUUGAGUCUGAUGAUGAGGUGGAGUACUACAGACAGGCUGUAGGACAGGAGCCAGAUGAAGACAUGUUCCCCGCUACCAAGAGGAGGCCAAGCUCAGAGAGGACUCAUGGACCGGCCAAGAGGAGGAAGAUGUCACCGGGUAAACCAUUCAGAAAAGACAGAGACACUAAAUCACCCCAGAGAAACGGUCCCGGAGGACACAGAGACAAAACGGGGAAGGGAUGGAAGAAAUCCGGGGACGGGGAGAAAACAUUUGGACGGAAAAUGAAGCCUGGAGGGAAGUCGUUCGGAUCAAAGAAACCUGGCGAACGGGAGAAGAAAUUUGGCGGGGAGAAGAAAUUUGGCGGGAAGAAGAACUUUGAGGGGAACAAAACAUUCGGUGGAAAUAAAAAUAAGGACAAAUCCUUCAAAUCUAAAGGUUCCAAAGGCAAGCCGGCCUUCAAGAAGAAAGGAGUAAAGCACGGCUCUAAACAGAGGAAGGGGAAAGGCUGAUCCUCCUCCUCUUUCUCUCUCUGGACUUUGAAUGUGUUCUUAUGCUCGACCUCUAGGUGGCAGCAAACAUCCAGUUGCUAUUAAAGAAGCGAGUCACGUUUGUUUGUGAGACUGUUUAUUGCUGAAAAUCAGCAGAGGAACAAAAGUGCUUUAUUUUCCCACUGUAUGAUGACUUGUACUUGUUCAAUAAAUUGUUAAACAAUGAUC